AAAGGCAUCACGUGAGAAACGACCAAAAAAGCAGUCACCACUUCACUCUGAAAUUGUGAUAACCAUGAAAGAAAGUUAAGUUUGAACUGAGAGAGUUAACAAGGAAAAAGAAAAUGUUCAUAAGCCUUCAACUAGACUCAACUGAUAGAAUCAUUAUAGCUUUGAAACUCUCAUAUCUGCUAUUUCUCUUUUCUUCAAUUCCUAAUGCCCUAGGCUACACUAGCAGAGCUCAUAUCUUCAUUUAUGCUGGCUGCUCUCAAGAAAAAUACCAACCAAACACACCCUUUGAAGCCAACCUCAAUUCCUUCUUGUCUUCAGUUUCUGACUCAUCUUCUGAGAAUUCUUACAAUAGCUAUGCUAUUGGAAAUGGAAGCUCAUCACUACCAGAGGGAUCCAUAUAUGGCUUAUACCAGUGCAGGAGUGAUUUGAGGCCAAAGGAAUGCUCAAAAUGUGUUAAAAGUUGUGUUGACCAAAUAGGCUUGGUCUGUCCCUUGGCACUUGGAGCAUCUCUGCAAUUUGAAGGCUGUUAUAUCAGAUAUGAGCAUGUUGAUUUCCUUGGAAAACCUGACACAAGCCUUUGGUACAAGAAGUGCAGUAAAGCAGUGACAAGUGAUGCUGAGUUCUUGAGGCGUAGAGAUGAUGUUCUUUCUGAUUUGCAAGCAGCUAAUGGAUUUGGAGUCAGUAGUUCUGGUUUUGUUGAAGGGUUUGCACUGUGUUUGGGAGAUUUGAAUGUGGCUGAUUGCUCCUCCUGCCUUCAAGCAGCAGUUGGAAAGCUUAGGAGCAUUUGUGGUUCAGCAGCAUCAGCUGAUGUGUUCUUAGCACAAUGUUAUGCUCGCUACUGGGAAGCUGGCUACUAUGAUCAACCAGAAUCUUCUAAUGAGGAUGACCAAGUGGGAAAAUCAGUUGCCAUUAUUGUAGGAGUACUUGCUGGUUUAGCCAUUAUUGUCGUCCUUCUCUCAAUCUGCAGAAGAGCAUUUGGUUAAAAAAUUUGGAGAUGGAAGAAGGGUGUAAUCAUUUCAAAAUAAGGUGGACGUAAUCUUGUGGAUCGUAAAGUGGACCUCUCGUCACCUUCAAGAAAAGGCUGCAAAAUCACUUGAUCUUGUGAUCUUACAAAAUGGGAUCAUUCUUUUUGAUAAAAAUAAACUUAUUUAUUGCUUUACUGCUAUAGUGUGUAUUUAUUUCUUAAUUGUCUAAUCUGUCUGGUUAAUUAAAUGUUCUUCUUAGGAGGGAAAUGUAGAUUUUGUGUGUUUUUAAAUUAAAGGCAAUAAUUAUUGAUUUACUCUUUUAA